CCUCUCCCACGUCAGACUCGACACGAGGAUGCUGCCGUAGUGGCGGGGCCGGAGGCUGCAGCUGUGAGUCUGGCCAGGGCUAGACACUCAGGUGGGGCGAUGGCGGCGGCUGGGCACGAGGAAGAGCAGGCUGUUAUAGCGGACUGUCGCAUUUCAAACGUGAUCAACUGGAAUAAACCUUUUAGGACCACGACACUCUUUGCUGCCACCACUGCUGUGUACUGGUUUGUGGCCCUCAGUUCCUAUAGAGCGUACUGUCUUCUUGCCCUUUCCUUGGCUCUGAUGGGGACAGUGCUGCUUGUUAAAGAUGUGGCUCUCUCCAGAUGUGUCUCUUUCUCUAAAGGGGCCCACUUAUGGAGCAGUAUGACUGUAAGCUGGGAGAUCAUUGAUGCGGGCCAGGACAGCAGAUCUGGAGCUGGGCUACAGGUCACAGACUCCUGGACGAGCUUCAAGCUCUUUCUGCAGGAGACCUCCUCCUUCAAGCAGCAGAAUCCAGGCAAGUUUUGCUUGCUGGUCUGCAGUUUGUGCACCUUUUUGGCUGUCUUAGGCCGCUACAUUCCAGGUGUUCUCAUCUUAUAUGUUUUAGUGCUGGGCGUCUUCCUGUGGCCACUGAUGACAGCGCAUGACUUUGGAUUGUGGAUGAAGCCAGUUCUGCAGAAGCUGGACUUCGGACUGGAAAGAUUCCUUCAGAAAAUCAGAGAGAAUCAUGAAAAGAGACUCCUUCUGGCACAAGCUGACCGGGAGAGUAUUGAAGCCGAUCUGUCCUCUCUUUUCCCCAAGUUGGACUCCACAGUUUGUAAGGAGAUGUCGAUAUCGGAUACAGAGGCCUCUGAUGUGACGUGGACAGACAACGGAACAUUUAACCUGUCUGAGGGACAUACGCCCCAGACUGAGAACUCAGAUGACCUAGACAGAGAAGAACUAUUCAUAGGGGGCCUCCCGGAAUUCCCCUCCUUGGACAACGGCACCAAUGGGGAGGACGAUGACGACCUGAGCAUCGGCCUACCCACCCCCCCUCCCCAACCCCAGCACAGCAGAGCCAAGGGGGGGUCCGUGCCCCCGCUCCAGGGGGACCCUUCCACCCAGGCCAUGGAGUUUGUCCACAAGAUGGCAGGCAAUGUCAUUGCAGCCGCCGCCACCGCUGUCAUUCAGGAGAGGCUGGAGGCCGCCAUCGGUAGCACCAUACCCACAGACCCCCACCCCAGGUCCCUGCUGUUCCCCAACCCCACGACACUGCUGCCCCUGGACCUGGCAGAGGAGUCGUCAUCGGACAGCGAUGUGGAGGAAUUUGAGCUGCUGGACCAGUCUGAGCUGGAGCAGCUGGAAGGGGAGCUGGGCCUUGGGGCGAGCGCAGCAGUGGCAGCCAAAGAGCCCAAAAAAUCAUUGUCAUCUUCCAGUGGCUUCUUUUCAAAACUCCUGGGCCGCCAUUGAUUAGAGCAGGGGUGUCAGGAGGAUGUGGUGCAGGUCUAGUAGGGGGUUAGAGGGUAGAGGGCACGUGGAGACAGAGAGAGGCCUUGUUUGGGAGGUGGUGGGUGGGGAGGUUAGGGGUGCAGAGACUGGGGGUUUGGCGAAACAAUAUGGUGUUGCAUUCUUUUUCCAGUUGUCCUAAUAAUGAAUUCUCCUGCAUUACAUGAUCGAUAUGUUCGAGAGCGAGAGGAAGGGGGUGUUCAGCAAGUAUGAUGCUAUAUGGAGAUUGGAGAUGUCAGGGGGCUGUGUUGGUGUGGUGAGAGUGACUUUUAUUUAACAAUUUUCACAUCAUCAACCUGUAGUAAAGUUAUGGGUAGCAAUGGAAUGGAAUGUGGUGGUGUUUCUGAUUUGCUGCCAAAAGGACUAAAUUUGUGUUUUGUUGGUUAAUUUCUUCAACAGAUGAUCAGGUCUAUAUAAUUAUCAAACAUACAUUAGUAAUGGAAAGGAAACACAGUCUUUGUUUAAGUAUUAAAAUACUAAUUUUAGUAAUACAAUUGUAGGCAGAAGUUGAUGGAGAGUACAUAUAUGAUAGUUCUCCCCAAGUUCUGCAAAGUGUCUAAGAUAUCCUGUAACUCAUAGCCUCCCCAAUCCCCCUUACAUAACUUUCCCCAGCAACAACAUUUUAAUAAAUCUAACCUCCCCUCUGACAGCAGGAACCAUCUUAUCAGCAAGUAAAAUCUCAGAAGUGGGUUUGACCAAAACUUGAUCUUUCAUCACAAGUAUAGAGUCAUAACAAUGUGAACGAGUGUAAGCAUCUUCUGACAAGGGACUGGUUUCAUCAGGUCUGUGGCAGCCUUGUGUUCUCAGAAAACCAGAUAACCACGGUGGGAUCCAGAUAGGAGGAGUCUGAACGUAGACGCCUUCUGAUAGUGUCUGAAGGGAACAACACUCAAAACAGGUGUUAACACACACACACAGGUCUCCUGAGGAGACCUUACAAUUUAUCAUAACAUAAUUUAAUGAAACCCUAUUAAAGGUAUGAGGCCUUGGUUUAACCUUCUUUAGUUUCAAGAUUCAUACACUGCCCGAUUGGGCCCAUUCCAUCACCCAUUAAUCUACAGUACAGCUUAAUUCGACCAGACCUACGACAACGAUGACAAUCAUCUGUGCUAACAAUGGAACCAAUUGUUCAAACCCAUACUGUUUGUGCAUCUUGGUUCUUACUGAAGCACAAGUAAAGUAACAAAUCCUAUAGUUAACUGGAACAUACAACGAUGGGAUGACAGAUAAUAGUACAUUUAUAUUUUGUAUAAUUUUUUUUCUUUUUCUAAUUUUGUAUAUUGUUCAUGAAGCCAUAAUAUAGGUGAGGGACUUCACAUUUUACGACAUGCAAUAGGUCUCACGAUAUUAUGCAUGGUAAUCUUUUGACGUUUAACGGAUGUUCAGUAACACUUUUCUAAAAGAGAUAUUCCUCUCAAAUCUAACAUACAACCUUAUAUUUUGAGUGGAACAUCCUGUUAAAGUUCAUUGUCUGGGAUGCUGACAAAUGACUGACACAAGAAUGUUGUAAUUUCUCUUUGAAAAUUGUGUGACAAACCAUUUAUAAGUUCAUUGGGCACUGACUUUUUUUCCUGUCAAUGUUUCCUUGUCUGGUGACUUUGUCAGGAUAAAGUAAUUGAACUGAAAUAGCACUUGAUUCAUUCUGCUUGUGAAUGUUUCAUCAGUUGUCACAAACUAGUGUUAUGUCAGUGUUGUGACAGAAUCCAUGUCAGUCAGGUAGCAGUAUUAUAAAGCUGUUAUAGCUCUCUACACUUCAAGCAAAGUGUUGCUCCACAUUUUAUUUGUACUUGUACCUUAUUAUUUGACAAUGCAACUAGGCACUUGGGACAUAAUCACUUAGUAGUGACAGUUUUAAACUUCAUGCAAAAAGAAUGUAAGAUCUCUUUCGUUGGACAUGAAAGAUUCACCAUAACAGCUUGCACGGUACAUUAUUGAGGUUGUCUGCCGAUCGCAAAGAGGUCAUUUAGAAAAUUCACCCCAAAAUGUUUAGGUGGGGAUAUGCACCUGCAAGUUGCCAUUGUUACUGUGUAAUUUGUUUGAAGUUAGUGUUCGCCUUCUUCAGUAAAGUUGAAGGGCUAACUGAGCUCAAUAUGUCAUAAGGAAUUGACCAGGCACACAAAUUGGGGAAAACAAACAUUAUUUCCUAUUGACCCCCAUUGUAAAAGAGCCAACUUCGUCAUAGAUUUUUUUGUUGUGUCGAAAAGCUGUAACCAGGUCAAAAAUCCCGACCUACGGUUCGCAAUGCUCCCAUGUAGGAAAAUAGAGCCUGGGAGAAGAGCCCUUUGGCUUCAGGCUAUUCGGCAUCGGAGAGUGGGAAAUUGUGGGGACCCGGUAUCAAAGUAGUCUACACGUAGCUAUGUGUGUGGAAAACACUUAAUGACAGAUAUAGACAUUUAACUUGAUUAGUAUAGUCUGUUUGUAGCUACUUGUAGCUGUAUAGUCCAUUUGUUUGCGUUUUUGGUAUUGGCUAGCUUAAUGUUUCGGUCGUAGCUAGCUAGCACUCACUCUCACGUGGCUGCUAGCACCAUAAUGAAAAGGGGCAUGAAGGAAUUCCUAUAAUAUGCUCUUCUAAGUAGUGAGAAUGCUCGGUGAGCAGGCAAUGUUAAAAAUAAAUCUUUAGACGUACUUUUCUUAAAUGUAGUUUUGUAAUUGACUAAAACAAGCAGACAACAAGAGAAAGGUCAAGUUGUUGCUGUGAGCCAAUGGGGUAACCACAGGUUUUUUUGCCAACAGGCAGGCAGGGCCUGCUGCGUUCUAUCUAAUACCGACUGGGACUAUCCAAACGAAAUAAUAAAAGUUAUCAGACCAGGCUUGUGUUUCCGAUGAUUGACAAGGGUAGGAGGUACAUCCUGGGGGAAAAUAUAUUUCAUAUUGCGCAACACUUAAUUGAUUAUUGAAUAUGCCAAUAAUAAACCCCUGUGCUAAAAACAAGAUUGACAACGUGUAAUAACCAUUAAUUCUUGAUUCUCCAUCAUUAUAGCCUGCCUUUUUCUAAAUAUAUGCUAUGACUGUCAAGACAAAUAUAUGCAUUUUACACCACGGAAUAUGAACAUAUAGCAUAUAAUCAGGAGUUUAAACAAGCCAUUUAUUGAUUAACAAUAGCCAUGAGUUAUUAUGCAUUCUGUUCGCUAUCAUGGCAGUAUGUGAUUGCCUUACAGUGACAAAUCCACUGAACUGUGUCUUCUUUAAACUGCUCAAUAGUUUCUUCACAUUAGAAAGAUCAUCUUACACACUUGUGAGUUGUUAGUUAUUUGUCUGAAGUGAAGCAUAAGCAAAAUGUAGUUGUAUGUAAAUGAUCAAGAAUAUUAUUAAUAAAGUGUGAAAAUGUAA